UAGCCAAGUCCCUUAGUCAAUCCCUUACCUAAUACAGGCUCUAGGCAUAACGCGAGACCACUAAUCUAUCCAUACAGCGUUUCUCUUUCGACCCCGACAGUGUUCGUUUCAUACAUACAUAGUAGUUAUUGAGGGUGGGAAGGUGUCGACCUCGCAUAGCCCUACAACCUCAUUAGGAAGUCAGCUCUUAGGCAGACCAGAUAUGCAGGACAGAUUGUGACGGCGCCGGCUCGUCAGUUAUCCCGUAGGAUGGUACGGGCGAGUAGGUGAUGGGUCGGAGUUGUGCGAACUGAUCGGUUUAGUGGUACGGCACGUAUUGAUAGUUAGGUAGAGGGAAUAAGAGCAUUGAAAUGUGAUAUGUCGACGGACUAUCUCGGUAGCAUGGUGAGUAGUAUUUAAUGAUGAGUUUCAACCCUCUCUAGUUGCUGCCAUAUUCUCAUCGUCAUCACCAUCACCACCAUCAUCUUAUUCACAUCCCAACACAACUACUAUCAACAACGAAACAAACCCACAAACCCGAUAACCUCUAAAACCACCCACCAUGGCCCCCGUAACCGAGCUCGUCCUCUCCACCCUCAAACCCGGCGUCUCGGCCGAGUCCCUGUACCCCAUCUUCGCAACCCUCAAAUCGCAGCCGGGCAACACCGCCGUCCGCGCCGCGCCCCCCUCCGAGGACCCCUCGCAGAUCCGGCUCUUCAUCGACUGGGACGACAUCGCCGCGCACCAGGCCUUCCGCGCCACCGACGCGUACAAGUCGUACCUGGGGCAGCUGGCGCCUUACGUGACGACGCCCACGCAGAUCAUGCACGCGGAGCUCACGCCGUUCCCGCCCGUGGUCCUGGAGAAGAGCCCGUCGACCGAGUUCCUGCUCCUGUAUAUCGACCCCGACGAGGACGAGGCGAAGGUCCUGCAGGCGGGGAAGACGCUGGCGAGAGGGUUGACGGCGGACGGGAUUAAGGGGACUACGGGGCUCAGCGCCGUCGGGUUGACCGUGGAGAAGGACGUCGAGUAUAAGGGCGAGAAGGUCAGGGUUAUGGUCAUGCUGCUUGGGUGGGAGAGCGACGAGGCGCAUAGAACGGCGAGCGCUACGGAUCCCGCGUUUAAGGCGGCGCAGGUGGAGUUCCAUGAGGCGAUUCCGGACCUCAAGGGCUUUAAGAUCGAGCAUGUUGCUGCUAAGGUUUUGUGAGCUGUGAUAUGCGAGAUGUGAAAAGGCGGGAUAGGUAGAGAUGGGAUAGGGUUAGGUAUGGGUUUAGAGAUAGGUUAGGUCGGAUUGAAUGAAUAUAGGCGUUCUUUUCCUUGCGGAUAUUACCUGUUCUACUUGACAUUGCUCCGUGAUG